CACUUGCUUUAACUUGCAUUAUUUUUUACUAGUUACACUUCACCAGUUUACUGAGUGUUACACGGACGUUUACCAUACCAUGUGUAUACGUUUUUGUUUUAUUCAGCCUUUUACUAGAGCAGUAGGAUGCAGACGAAUGAUUGUGUUCCCACCAGGAGUCGGUGCACAGUGUGACAGAGCAUUGAGUAGGAAUCGUUGUGUUGCUGGAUUCGAUCAACUUGUUGCAAAAGUGUGCCGACAUUUAAUUAUUACAGAAUAUAAAGGGCCUUGUUUGAGGACCAGAAAAACUGCUGACUGCUGCUGUUUGUAAUUCUCACCUAGCUAGCUGACCUUGGCCAACACAAUGCAUCAGCUCGGUAGAGUACGUCUUCAGAUGAAGGGAUUACGAUGUAGUAAUUACCUCAUGGGGCUCAUUCGUCAAUCGAGUCCUUUCAGUGUAAGCAGUCAGCACUCCAAAGUGCCUCAAAUGCCUGAAAUUGUUCCCCUUCCUGACACAGACUUUAAAGCAACAGAGUAUGAGGGUAUGUCUUAUGAUGAUGCAAGGAAUGUACGGACAAACAACAUUAAUCCAGGUAUCUUAGAGUAUUACAAGAAACCAUUAAUGUUCCACCAGGGUUACAUGCAGUGGCUGUUUGACUCGGACGGCAAACGUUAUCUUGAUUUGUUCUCAGGAAUCGUCACCGUAAGCGUUGGGCACUGUCAUCCCAAGGUGAACAAGGCUCUACAUGAGCAGAUUGAUAAGAUAUGGCACACCACUAACAUCUACAUGAUUCCAGCAAUCUAUGAGUAUGCAGAGAAGCUUGUUGCUAAAAUGCCUGGAAACCUUAAAAAUGUUUACUUUGUGAACAGUGGCACUGAAGCAAACGAUCUGGCAGUGACUAUGGCCAGGCUACAUACAGGUGCAUAUGACAUCAUUAGUUUAAGGAAUGCAUACCAUGGAAUCAGCCCUAACCUUCUAGGUUUAACAUCCCUCGGUAAUUGGCUUUAUAAUGUUCCUGGUGGGUAUGGAUAUCAUAAUGUAAUUAAUCCUGACCCAUUCAGAGGGCCAUGGGGAGGGGCAAACUGCAGAGACUCUCCUGUCCAGACGAUAAGAAAUUGUCAUUGUGCUGCCGGUCAGUGCUACGCCAAAGACAUGUACAUCGAUCAACUUAAAGAUCUCCUACGAUUCUCGGUACCUAAAAAAGUUGCAGGAAUGUUUGCGGAAAGUAUUCAGGGAGUCGGUGGUGCAGUCCAAUUCCCUAAGGGAUACAUAAAAGAAGCAUUUGGAUUGAUCCGGGAAAAGGGGGGACUGUGUAUAUCUGAUGAGGUGCAGACGGGCUUCGGUAGGACUGGUGAACACUUCUGGGGAUUUGAAGCACAUGAUGUGACACCUGACAUAGUGACUUUAGCAAAAGGCAUCGGCAAUGGCUUCCCACUGGCUGCAGUGGUCACCACUCCAGAAAUUGCCAAGACGCUUAAGUCGGCCCUGCAUCUGAACACAUAUGGAGGCAACCCACUUGCGGGAGCCGUUGGAAAAGCUGUCUUAGAGGUGAUUGAAGAAGAGAACACCCAAGGAAUCAGCCAAGACGUCGGCACCUACAUGCUGCUGGAGCUAGCCAAGAUGCGAGAUGAGUUUGAGAUUGUUGGAGAUGUCCGAGGCAAGGGUCUCAUGAUCGGGGUUGAGAUGGUGACUGAUAAGGAAUCGAGAACACCUCUUCCACCAGACCAGAUGGGACCAAUAUGGGAAGAUGCUAAGGAUAUGGGCGUCCUCAUUGGCAAGGGAGGUAUCCAUGGAAACGUGUUCCGAAUCAAACCGGCCAUGAUUAUCAGCAAAGAAGACGCAGACUUUGGUCUGUCCGUCCUGAGAUUAGCUCUGCAGAACCACUUAGAAAGGAACACCUGAAGAUUCUUCAACAGUCGGCCGUCUUCCUCAAUGGGACCUCAGGUACAAAUUAUCUCAGUUUUAUUUGAUCACCGCCUUAUAUGAUUCCAAUGUACACUUGUUUUAAUGAUUAUAAUUAAGGGAAUGAUGGGGUAGCGCCAAGUUCUUAAACUGCCGUGUUAAACCGGCAGGGUCGUUGGCCCAAGCUGAAGGCGAGGGCCUCUAACGCACGGCCACGACCCUGCAAAGUUUUAAACAGCAGUUUAAGAAUGAGACACUACCCAUCUUUUUUUUCCCAUUCAUGAAUGCAAGUUAUUCAAUUCACAAAUUAUUUGUUGAUAUUUUUGUAUUUUUAUGCUAGUAUGAACAAAAAGCUUUAUGCUAUCGAAACCUGCUGGUACUUCUUUUUAACCAAAUAGGCUUGUAUUGCUGUUAAUUUUACGAAUGACUACCUUCAAUCUCUAUGUAUAAAUAAUUAGGUUUUAUUAAAUUAUGGUGCCUUUCUAUAAUAUUAGUAGUAUUUGAAUUGAAUACUGCACUUUGCAUUUGACAUGUUUUUUUUCCAGUAUUAUUGUUUCUAUUCCUAUAGCCUGGUAGCUUUUACUAGCUUGAAAAACAACUCCCAUAUUCAUAUAUAAAUGCAAAUAAUAUGGUAGAUUAAAAUUGUAUUUUUCUAUGACUGACAGAAAACUUUAGUAGUAGAUAGCACCUUUGCAUUUUAAAGUACUAUUUUUUUCCUUCUAAUAAUUGUGUCUGCUUAUUUCUAAGGCAUUUCUAUUGAGGCAAAUUAUGCUAGAAUACUGAUUUGUGUUGAAAAAAUUUAAGGUCACAAAUUUUGAUGACUAUCAAACUUGAUAAUUAUGUCAGUUUCAUUGAACAAAUUGUGACAGUGGCCUUUCUAAAUGCAUUCAUAUUUUAUCAUUUGUAAUAAAAGGAGCACUUUUGAGCCACAGAGUGCUUAUGUGCCACUGGGAUUUCAUUUUCCUCAGUUGGACCAGAUCAGAUGUCAAAAAGUGGUUUUGAUUUCAACGUGUAAAAUGCAUUCUAUCUUUUGUUUACAUCUCACACAUAGAUUCUGGUUAUUAUUUUGUUUUACUAAAUGCAAUGCAUUAUUGAUUUCAACAAUAAAUAAAACACACUUCUCAACAA